AGGAGAUGGAAAUUCCCACUAGGGACUGUCCUUAUUAUAUUCUUUUUAAAUCAUAAUUAUACACUUACAAUCUCAUUCACAAAAUGGCUUUUGAAGACAGAUUUGUUCAACCUGCCUUAAAGGUUAGAUUAUUCUUUGAUAAAUUCCCAAAUAUUUACAAUGUCUAUCUUAUUGCUUCUAUUUCUACCAUCGCUGGUAUGAUGUUUGGUUUUGAUAUCUCUUCUAUGUCAGCCUUCAUCGGUGAAGAUGCUUACUUAAACUUCUUCCACACUCCAUCUGCUAAUGUUCAAGGUUUCAUUACUUCUUGUAUGCCUUUAGGAUCCUUCUUCGGUUCUAUUGCUUCUACAUUCAUCUCUGAACCAUUCGGUAGAAGAUUAUCAUUAUUGUUAUGUGCUUUCUUCUGGUCUGUUGGUGCUGCUGUUCAAUCAUCUUCCCAAGACAGAGCUCAAUUAAUGAUUGGACGUCUUAUUUCCGGUUUCGGUGUUGGUUUUGGUUCUGCUGUUGCUCCAGUUUACGGUGCUGAAUUGGCUCCAAGAAAGAUCAGAGGUUUCAUUGGUGGUAUUUUCCAAUUUGCUGUUACCUUAGGUAUCUUAAUUAUGUUCUACAUUUGUUACGGUUUACAUUUCAUUAACGGUAAGGCCUCAUUCAGACUUGGUUGGGGUAUCCAAAUUGUUCCAGGUUUAAUCUUAUUCGUUGGUUGUUUCUUCAUUCCUGAAUCUCCAAGAUGGUUAGCUAAGAAUGGAUACUGGGAUGAAGCUGAACAUGUUGUUGCUCAAGUUCAAGCCAAAGGUAACAGAGAAGACCCAGAUGUCUUGAUUGAAAUCUCUGAAAUUAAAGAUCAAAUCUUAGUCGACGAAAACAUCAAGGCUUUCACUUACGCUGAUUUAUUCAGAAAGAAGUAUAUCUACAGAACUUUCACUGCUAUGUUUGCUCAAAUCUGGCAACAAUUGACUGGUAUGAAUGUUAUGAUGUACUAUAUCGUUUACGUUUUCCAAAUGGCUGGUUACACUGGUAACACUAACUUAGUUGCUUCUUCUAUUCAAUAUGUCUUAAAUAUGGGUUGUACUGUUCCAGCUUUAUGGUUGAUGGAUAAAGUUGGUAGAAGAAAGGUUUUAAUUACUGGUGCUAUUUUAAUGAUGACAUUCCAAUCUGGUGUCGCCGGUAUCUUAGGUAACUAUUCUGUUCCAGUUCCAGGUGGUGUAGGUGGUAACAAGACUGUUAACAUUACAAUUCCAGACUCACACAAGACCGCUGCUAGAGGUGUUAUUGCUUGUUGUUACUUAUUCGUCUGUUCCUUUGCUAUGUCUUGGGGUGUAGGUAUCUGGGUCUACUGUUCUGAAGUAUGGGGUGACUCUGCUUCUAGACAAAGAGGUGCUGCUGUUUCUACUGCUGCCAACUGGAUCUUAAACUUUGCUAUUGCUAUGUACACUCCAUCGUCUUUCCAAAACAUCUCAUGGAAGACUUACAUUAUCUAUGCAGUUUGUUGUUUAGUAAUGGCUAUUCAUGUUUACUUCGGUUUCCCAGAAACUAAAGGUAAGAGAUUGGAAGAAAUUGGUCAAAUGUGGGACGAAAAGGUUCCAGCAUGGAGAUCUGCUUCAUGGCAACCACAUGUUCCAUUAUUAUCUGAUGCUGAAUUAGCUCACAAGAUGAACGUGGAACAUAAAGAAGGUCAAGAUUUAAUCACUCCAGACUCCGGUUCUACUGAAGAAAAGGAACAAGUUUAGAUUGAUACAUAUAAAAUUUAAUAUUGAGUACAAUUGAUGUGUUUACGAUUUACUUCCCUAGAUACUAUAAAGGAAUUUUUUAAUUAGUUUAGUUCUCUUUAUAUAUCACUAUUUUAAUUAACGAAUAAUAUUAGUACGAUAAU